CACCGGUGACUGGCUGACCCUUAACAACUGUUGUUCGUUACCCGUUAACGACGCUAUUUGAAGUGUAAGAUUGGUCUACCUCUACUUAUCAUUUUGUCACUUCACGGCUUAUUACCCGAAAUGGAUAUGGUUGACAACCAGUAUUGACCAAGGGGAUAAACAGUAUACUGUAGUAAUGCAAACAUCACAUCUCCCAGCUGUAAAAGAUGGCUCAGUGGACACCGCUUGCGACUUACCCGGCACCGCCAACUGUGACAUACCCGUCGCCACCAGUUUCGGUGAUGUUAGAAGUCAUGAAACUUGUUCAUUACCAUCCAGCUCUAGAGAGAAAGGGACCAUAAUAAAAGAUACCUCAGGUAACUGGAGCAUGAGUGAGAUAGAUGUAACAACAAACAUGCCUCAGCCAAGUAAAUCUUCCACGUCCCUAUUUCUCACAGACGAUGUCUUUAAGAUGCCAAAUAGAGCAACCAAGCCAACACUACGAGCAUCACAAAAGGUGCCAGGAAAUUUAAAAAAACGUCUUUUCACUGCACCACAGGGAUGGAAGAAGUCCCAAAGAGUAGUAUAUUCACAGAAGAUUCAAAGUUCACCUCCUGUUUUGAGUAUAACAAAAGACACGUCACCUUUUUAUGUGGAUCAAGUAGAAGACACUGUGAAUGAGCUUGAAGUCAUAUGUUCAGGUAUAUAUUCUCAAUUAGAGAAUUUAAAUAUUCAGUUAUGUGACAAUGAGACUCGGGCAUCAAUGUCUGGAGUGUCAGUUGUAUGCAGUGAUAACAUUCCAUCUACAACACCUAUAUUAACCGGCUCACACAUGAACUUUCCAGAUACCAAAAUUCGAUCUUCACCAAAGAACAUGAAGUUACAAGGAAAAAGGAAUUUGCAGAAUACAGUAGAAAAUAAUUCCUCUUCACUAAAGUGUGAGCUAGAUAACCCACAUUGUAGUUCACCUGAAGACAGAGGUAUUCCAAGGAAGACAGGGAAUACAUCACACUCCCAUAGGCACACAAGAAAACUUUUUAGACAGGAAAAUAUACACUUGGAUUUUGUUGUGAGAGAUCCAAUGUUUGAUGAUAUUGGAACUAUAGUUACGCAAGUUGAUGAAAUGAGUGUGUUUCCAGAAGGUAAUCCAAAGCUUUUAGUAGCUAAUGAUGGGUGUAAAAAUUUUUAUCAGUUUGAAACAAAGGAUAGAGUUGACAGUAAUUCUUCACAUACAAGUGGCACUGGUAAAACAUGUGUAUCAAAAGGUCCUGCCUGCAGGAAUAAAAAAGAAGUUAUUCCUCUGGAAAAGACUGGGGGAAUAGAAAAGAGGAAGAAGAGACAGUCUCAGACGGUGGCAACAGCUCUCUGUUCAGAGGCAAAAAAGGCACGAAGUGGUGUUGACGAAAGGCCUGGUUCAUCUAAGAGACAGGCUGGUUUUCAGGCAUCAUCACAAGCUCUUUUGAAGACUGGAUGUGUAGAUAACACAAAUCCAUCAUUGAUUAAUAGGAAAGAGAUGCAUGGAACAGACCAUUAUGAAAUUGACUGUUGGUAUGCAGACAAUGGUCUUGAAGGUACAACAAAAUACACACAUGGUGAAGGUCACUUUAGUCAAGAUGCUCAAGGAUUUAUCUACUCAGGAUCAUCAUCAAAGGGUCUGGCCAACACUGUGUCACAAGGAUCUUUAACAGCUGAUGCAGAUUUCCAUGAAGAUAAUGCAAUACAAAUACCGUUAAAUGGUCCUAAAUAUAGGUUUAAUGAUGGAAACUUAAUGGAAUAUGAAGUUGAUGAAUCCUCUCAAGGACACAGAACUGUGGCAGAAUGUAGCCAGAAUGGGAAUAUUAGUGUUGGGUGUUUACCACAAAGGCAAGGAUUUCUUAUAUCAGAAUCUGACAAAUGCGAGAAUUCUGGUCCUUUACCUCUAGUGGACAGUGCUGUGUAUGCUUUGAGCAGUGACACCAGUAUUAAAGGCUAUAAUGUUGGUUCCGGUGGUCACUUAAACAAAAUAGUAACAGGUGAUGACAUAUUUCAUAUUAAAAAUACACAAAAGUUCAGCUACAGCAGCUGUGAUAAUGAUAAGGCUCUACCUCAGUAUGAUUUACAGACUAUGGGUGUGGCUGAUCCACUUAAUGAAAUACUACACAGUAAUGAAUUAGGCAACACAGCAGUGCAAAAUGGAGCAGGUAUUAAGUUCCCAAAAGAGAAGGAUAAUGAUAAACUUAAGGGAGGUGGUGAUGGAGCCAGUGGUAGUGAAGGUUCAGUGGACCCACCUGACACAACUCUAUCUGCUUUUGUUAAAAGCACAUUUGAGGGAGACACUUCAGGCAACUUUUACGACUCUGAUCAUGAAGACGUACUUUCUAUAUGUGCCAGCAUGUCGGAUGGUUUUUGCAGUGAUUUGGAGCUGGACAAAGAUGACCAGAGAGAUUAUCAUAAACUACUUGGUUCAGAUGAACUGGCAAAACACUCUGGAGGGAAAGAAAGAGAACCUGUGCAGAGUAAUGUGUGUCUUGACCAACAGGCGAUGCAAACUAAUAGUUACCAAGAAAAUGCUUCACAUCUUGGAAGUGAAAGAUACAGGCUUUGUGUGUCUGAAGGUGAAUACACAAUAGUAAGUAUGACAAAACACUUAUCAGUAAAGGUGGGUGGUGUGAGCAGUGUGGACACACCUUGUGUACCAGGAGCUGUUAUGGGUCUGGAGAAGACUGGGCACAUCAAUAGUGGAAAAGAGAGUAAGGAAAAUGGUGUUCUUGCAGACUCCUCAUCACCAUCACAUUGUCUUUUGAUGAAGCAACCAGAACAAGCGUGUGUAGAGGAAAAGACGUAUUCGAGACAGAGGAACCAAGAUUGGGAAGCCUCAAAGCCCCAAGGGUCAUCUUGUCUAGAGGACCAGAAGAAGGGAUUUGACAAGUUUUUCCCCAAACCAAGAAUGGGCAACUCAAAAUAUUGCUGCUUUUUUGCCAAUAAUGGUGUAUGCUUUCGUCCUACUUGUCAUUAUAAACACCAGAUGAGCUUGGAGGUUGAAAACUAUGUGGGUCAUCUUGUCCUACACUACUUAACAGCUAGAAAGGCACAAAAAGCUUGGGAACUUAUUGAUAUUCAUACUAGAAACUGCCCUGACAUUCCACUACUACCCAUCUUCCUGCUCGUGCCUCUUGCCAGGCAUAUUGUGGAAGAGUCUCAGCAGCUUAAGUUGACCAAUAUUAAGGUUCCUGCUCAUCUGACGUCUCCAUUGGACAUUGCCAAGGUCUGUGCACUGUGUGAGACUUGCCGUGGAUCAGAGGCCUACCAGUUACUUCGGUCCUGUUAUGGCAAUGCCUCUGUGAUUGGUGUCCAGAGACUCAUUGGUACAUUUAUAAGGUAUUGCGAGAGUUGGCCAGAGGAGGAAGCUGAGAGUCCCUGGGAGAAGGUGUUGUUGUGGAAGUAUGAGGAAGAAGGACAUCCAGGAGGAGAUAAAAUAAAGGAGAUGUUUGAUAUAGGAUGGUUAAUGGUCAACAUCGGGUGCAGAAAAAUUAAUAGGGUGUGUGAAGUGUACGGUUACCUCAGUAGUCGGCUGUCUGCUCCCUCUUCAUUCUUUACCUCCAUAACAUGUUCUGUCAUCACCUUCUUGAAUGAUACAGGUAAUAGAAAGAUGAGUUUCCAUAUAUUAAAGGAGGUACGAAGGCUAAGAGCAAAUGAUUCCUCUAUAUUUAUUGCUCUCAUACCUACAGACAAGGAAAGUGCCAUGGCAGUUCUCCCUGAACUGUCCGAGAUGGGAAACCUGGUGUGUGAACUGCUUGUACCGCUGCCUACGUGCUCCUGGGACUUAUUAUUGACACUCAUCAUGUCUACCAGAAACUUGACCCUCAGCAUCAGUCUUCUUAUAUGUGCCAUGAAGAUCAACUCCUACAAGCCAGAUAUUGGUGUUUUGGAAGAGCUGUUGCUUGACUGCAGCCAAGGCGGUUCUCUCCUGAUGCAUUCAUUAUCAAUCGUCAUAUGUGGAUUAUCUGCAGAGUAUCUUAUGAGGCUGAGACCAACACUGCAUUCCCUGAUAAACUUACUGGCAGGCGCUCCACCUCCUGCACCACAAGCUACAGACAACAUCAUCCGUCACUGCCAGGCACAGGGAAUUAACCUCCAACCACAUGCAAAAGUCUCACCCAAUGUGAUGCAGAAAAAGGGUGUUUUCAGCAACAAUGCAGAGAAGCGAGUUUGCCCUCUGGUUGAAAUGCAUCAUAAAAAAAGUUCUCUCUUAACAAGUGGUAACUUAUCAAGGGGUCGUGGCAGACAAACUGUACAGGUUGUAUCAGAUAUGUCAUUUGGUUAUCAAAAUGAUCAAAGUUUAGAAAACUCGAGGUCAGCAGUUAAACUUGGUUACCAUAGUGAUUAUAUUGAAAGUAACAGAAAGCCAUUAUUGGGCCCUGGCUCAGGUUGUAACGACAGCUAUGAUGCAGAAAACAAAAAUUUAAAAGCAUAUUAUAAUUACUCCAGUGGAAGUUACAAAAAUUACAUACCACCAAGUAAUAGCACUGAGUAUAGAUCGUCUAAAAACUGCAGAGACAUUGCCUUUGGUAUGAGAUACUCUGAUUCACACAUGAGAGAAAGCAGAACCUUAAUAGACUUUAGUUAUCAAUGUAACGUGUCGUCCUCUGUAGGUCCUUACAGACACCAAACAUUAUCAACAGGUCCUGGUUCCCAAGCUCAACCAAUAUCAUCAUCAGCCUUAGAUUACCAAAGUCAACCAAUUUCACUUUCUGGUUCCGACUUUCAAAACUGGACAACACCAUCUACGUGUUUUGAUCAUUAUCAGACAAUGUCAGCAUCAUUGUCAUCCGAUCAUAAUUGGCCACAUAUGGUGAGUGUAAGGUACAAAACUAGGCCUUCUGCUGUCAUUGGGAACUCCUUGGAAAAUCUUGGCGACAAUACACAAGGAUAUAGGCAAGGUGUUAGGAACAUAAGAACUGGAGAAUUUAAUGAACAGAGACAAAAUAGGAAAGGACAUGAUAUCCCACAGUAUCCACAGCCAGAGUGCCACGGGCAAACUUCAACUCGGGGGGAUUACUUUAAAUCUGUGUCGGAAUUUUGUCGACGUUCGCCAUUAGUUGAUGCCACAGUUGUUGCUCCUAGGCAUCCAUCAGCCCCCUCCAAUUCUAUGUCACUUGCUUCAGGGUCCUGUAGUAACACUUACAAGCAAGAAGAACUUGUGGGCAGGGUAGCCAAUGGUAUUUCUACAGUGGAAGCUGGAGAGAAGACAGAUAACAUGGAACUUACUCAACAUCAACAGACACAGUUGUUCAUACCGUUAUCUUCUGAAGUAACAGAAGGUGUAGGUUCUGAGCCAGUAAAAGACACGACACCUCGAGGUAGUUGUAUUAAUCAGUCAGUUAUUAAUAAUGUUCAUAUGUUGAAAAGGAAACCUAAACCUGAUAAUAAUAAUAAUAAUAAUAAUAAUAAUACUGUUUCGUUGAAAAGGAAACAUGAGGAACCUUGUUACCCAAGGAAAGAAAGUAAAACAUCUUCUGAACUUUCAUCAUGCAGUAGAGGCAAGUUGGACCAAUUAGAUCAGAGGAAAGAGCAAGCGGAUAUGUGCUGUAUGAGCCAACCAAGUAUCAGUUUAACGAGUGGUCACAAGAUGCUGCAGUCAGAGGAGAUACAUAAGUCCCUGCCUUACUUGGACUCUAAUUCUGAACAUAGUCAAGGAUAUUAUAGUGUCAGGCCCAAACAACUAGGUGUCAUACAAGGGAGUAAUUUCUCACAAAUGGGUGUUGAGCAGAGGCUUACUGAGGAGCUACGACCACCAGUCUCACACACCUCAUCCUCAACCUUGCCUCACUAUCUGAAAAUUGAUAUUGCUGGACAUUCAUUUUCUCCAAAUAAUUACAGGACCAAUUAUAGGCAGUUUGAAGAAUGGAUGGGCGAGUUUGAUGUAAAUUCACGUGAAAGUUUAAUCACCACUGUUAGUCUGAUACAAAACAUGAUUGCUGGCUCACAUUCUUUAAGUCAAAGGAGACUGCAGCUUAUGCAGAUUGUCACUAUGCUGACUGAAGGCGACGCCAUUUAUUCAGUGGGGAAGAAAGUUGCAGCAAUCUUAAAAUUCUUCAUUGGAUCAAGAAACUGGAGAAGAAGGCCAAUUUCUGAUGCUGAAAGAGAGUGGAUCGGGCAGCUGGGUGUGACCAUCUUUGUUAAGUGUAUCAAGCGUAAUAUCCUGACUGAAGCUGCAUCUGUCAUCAACACCCUUCAUAACCGCAAUAUAUUCUUCUACAGUCACACGCCCAUCACUGACACAAGAUAUGAGCACUUCUCUGAUCAGAGAUUAGCACUGAUGGCCUUGGAAGUCCUUUCUCGGGUGCACAACUUUGAGGUUUUCAAUCAAAUUUUGGAUGAAGUAUACUGGUCUGGAGGCACAGGUGAUAUUAAAAUUCGAUUGAGAAUCAUCGCCAAGGUGUUGGAUACCCUUUUUGAAGCAUUAACAACUGGAGCUUACAAAGUUAGAGAGAAAACUUUAAGAUGGAUGACCAAGAUUUUGGUUUCUCUUGCCAAAUAUUAUCAUCAUGACUACCACAUCAUUAAACUUGAUUACCAUAAAAUAUUAGAUUUACCUAAUAUACUUAUAAGGUCAUGGGAGGAGGCACAGGAGUGUGGGAACCCAAAGCUCUCAUCACAGCUCAGUUCUGUCAUCUGCUCCUCUAUGGCCUCUGGUGUUCACUUGCCUCAUGCAUUUGCUCUCAACUUUGAGCUUCUCAGAAUUAAGAAGACCCAUGCAGCUAGCACAGCAUCACGAAACAGGAGGAUGUCAGACCUUUCACACCAGAAGUGGACAAACACUUAUUGGUUGACUCUCAAAGGACCAGAGGAAGGAGGUAGAAGUGAUCCUGGUGCCCCCAGCUACAGUAAGACGCACACUUCCACGUUUGAAGAAACACGUUCAGUUCACAUUGAAUCAAGAUUCAUAAAACCGCAAAUUAAUGUUUCAGAUACCAGAAAUGAGAUGAUACCUCUUGGUAGAAGUGCAUAUGGUGAUGGAAGUGGCAAGACUCAUUUGCCAACUAUUAGGAGUGAAAUGGAGAAAAAGACAAGGAAAGAUUUAGUUUUGCCUGGUUGUGACGAAAGUUUUUUAAACAAGAAAAUGGGAGCUCUGGGUGGCGCCCAAGUCCCUAGGAAUAGGAAUGGUCGUUGGAGUACACCCAAAGUCAAACAUAAGUUGAAAGGUAGCAAACGACCACUUAUGUGCCGUCACACCCUUGAAUGACUACCUUAUACAGUACAGUAUUUAGUAACACACAAGUAAAACCAGUGUAGCCUUCUAAUCACUUUGAUGAAAUAAAUGUUUAAUUUUGAACAGAUUUAUGAAAGAGAUGUUUAAUAUUGGCCGUCAGAAUAGAUCAUUUCGUAAAAUUAGAUGGAUUGAAUAUGUUUUUCCACAGAUUUUUUCUUUUUUAAUAUACAGUACAAGUAGUUAAUCAGUGUAAUAACUGAGUAGAGAAUUAUUGUCCUUAUAAUCCUCUGAAAUAUUCAGAAAAUUCCUUUAUAGAAUUUGUUUUUUUCUUGAGAAUAGUAUAUAGAAGUAAUUUAAAUAACCAAACAUACAAGUAUACUUUUGAAUUUAUACACAAACAUGAAAAAAUAUAUACAGUCUCAAGCAAGAUGCACACAUUGACAUGGAUACAGACACUACAAACACAAUAUCGUAUAUAUUUCCUCAAGUUUGUUUGUUUUGGUCUUACGAAUCAUAACUUUCAGUUUCAUAAUCAGUUUUAUUAUUUAAGAAUUUUUGGAAUUAUUACAUAAUUGGUGUAAGUCAUUGUCAGGAGUUAUUUUGCACUUUUAGAAGUAUCCUUGAGUCAUAUUUCAGUGCCCAUAAUUAACAUAUUUUGUUCAAAUAUGCAUUUAAUAUUUUUUUACUUAAUUGGGUUUAUAGCUUUAAGGUAAUUAUUAUUGUAUGAUUACACUGUACAAGUGUCAAACAAACAAAUUUUAUUUUAUUUUUUAUAUAUCUAAUACACAGUACUGUAAUGGCUUUUGUUAAAUCUUUUGGUUGUAUGUAAAAAUAAAUUUCUUUGAAUAUAUUAAAAUAGCUUAAAAGAUUAUUUCUCUUAUUCCUGAUCACUUACCGUUUAUACGUUGGUAUACAGUAGAACCUCGAUAAAUUGGACUAAUUGGGGCAGACCCCAGUCUGCUAAAAGUUAUUAUGUAAUCACAAAAUUUGGUGCGUUCAGACCUGUUGGUGGAUGAUUCUGACCAUGUAAUAGAUAAUUUCCAUCAUAGCUUUGAUACUAUAA